UGAGGGCUUAUUCCCUCUGCUGCACACUCGGUACCCAAAGGAGAAGCCAUGGUGAAAGGGACAGGGGUCCGGCCAGCCACCCCCAGGCGAUGGACCUGUUCCUUUGCAGCUCUCUCACUGCUGUGCCUGGCUGUCCAAGCAGUCCAGAAGGCAGACCUUGCUGGGGACUCCACGGUGGCCACCAUCAACCACUCCCUGUCUUUGCUGCAGCGACUACAGGAGCUCCUACACAACGGGAAUGCCAGUGACACCACCUUGCGGGUGCGCACUUCUGGUUCUGAUGAAAUCAAAGUCUUUCACACCCACCAGUUGAUGCUCAGCUUGCAAAGUGAGAUCUUUGACAGCCUCCUGCGCAAUCAAACGGUUCUGACCUUGCAUGAACCUCCGGACAGUGCAGCCCUUUUUGAAAAGUUCAUCAGGUAUUUGUACUGUGGUGAGAUCUCCAUACUCCUUCACCAGGCCAUUCCACUUCACCGACUAGCUAGCAAAUACCGUGUCUCCAGCUUGCAGCGUGGGGUGGCCGAGUAUAUGAAGAGCCGCCUGGCCAGUGAGUCAAAUCAGGGCCAUGUGGUGGGCUGGUACCACUAUGCAGUGAGAAUUGGCGAUGAAGCUCUGCAGGAAAGCUGCCUCCAGUUCCUGGCCUGGAAUCUCUCUGCUGUGAUGGGCAGUGCCGAGUGGGCCUCUGUCAGCUUAGAUUUGCUGCUCCUCUUGCUUGAACGAUCCGACUUGGUUCUGCAGAGUGAGUUGGAGCUCUACACAGCUGUAGAGGAGUGGGUUGCCACCCACCAGCCUGAGGAUCCUGUAGUAGAAAAAAUGCUGAGAUCCCUGCGCUACCCCAUGAUCUCCCCCAGCCACCUCUUUCACUUGCAGAAGCAGUCUCCAGUGAUGGUGAAGCACUACAGUGCCGUGCAAGACCUCCUCUUCCAAGCCUUUCAGUUCCAUUCUGCUUCCCCAAUCCACUUUGCCAAAUACUUUGAUGUCAACUGCAGUAUGUUCCUGCCCCGCAACUACCUCUCCACUUCUUGGGGUUCCCAGUGGGUCAUCAACAACCCAGCCCGAGAUGAUCGUAGUACCAGUUUCCAGACCCAGUUGGGGCCCAGCAACCAUGACUCUGCCAAACGGGUGACGUGGAAUGUCUUAUUCUCUCCCCGCUGGCUCCCAGUCAGCCUACGUCCUGUCUACUCAGAUUCUGUCUCUGGGGCCAUACAGUCGAUCAAGAUUGAAGAUGGCCGUCCCCGCCUGGUUAUCACUCCAGCCACAACAAGCUCUGACUUUGCUGGUGUCAGUUUCCAGAAGACCAUUUUGGUGGGUGUUAGGCAGCAGGGGAAAGUCUUUGUCAAACAUGCCUAUAGCUUCCACCAGAGCACUGAUGAAGUGGCCGAUUUCCUGGUACACGCCGACUUGCAGAAGCGCACCUCUGAAUACCUCAUUGACAACUCUCUGCAUCUGCAUAUCAUCGUUAAGCCAGUCUACCAUUCACUAAUCAAGGUCAAGAAGUAGAAGAGAGUUGUGGGGGCAAGAGGAACAGCAGAACAAGGCCAAGGGAGGGAUUACUGGUUUGUAUCGAAGAACAGCAAUGAUUCUGCCUCCAGUUACAAAACUGACUGACGCUGGCUCUGUCAUCUUGCUGUGUAUACCAGAGCAACCUCUUUGGAGAGGUUUGAAAUGCUUCUUGCAUAAAAAUAAUUUUUUGACCUGCAAAUCUGGGGAUUAUUUUUAAUAGAUGGGGAAUGAAAACACUUAAGAUCAUGGGAGGGUGGAGAUGUUUAGCUGUUUCUAUUGCUUAUGUUUAGCUCCUUUCUAUCUUAUUUUAAGGACCUCUGGUAGAAUGAAGGAACCUCAGUCGUGUUUGGGAUUAGGUCAUUCUCAAAAAUAACCUCCUAGAAAGACUUUAGGAUCCCUGACCACAUAAGAA